UCCAGAGCGCUCUGUGCUCCGAACACCGCACCCAGCGCUGCUUUUCCUGCUGCCCACGUGGGGAUCUGUGCGGUUUUGGUUUUUUUUUAGGGAUUUCUACACGCUGGGCCUUCCCUCGCGGCCUGCGGGAAGGGAGAGUCCCAGCGGGCGGCCCGAGGGGCUGGGAGGACUCAGGCGGCCGCCCCCCGGCUCCUGGCAGGGCCUGCAGUGCGCUGCUGCCGCGGGGAACGCCCCACAGAACCCACGGCGAAACGCAGCCGCGGGAAUCGGCGUCUGGUGCCUCCGCGGAACGGCCACAGGUCACCCCCCCAAGGGCGAUUCCGUACAGUGUACGGAAUGACGCCGGCGCAGGCGCCAUCUUUGCCAUCACUAAGUAUUGGCACGGCGGCGGCGCACGCGAGGAACUCUCGCGAGAUCAUCCCCGGGGCGCGGCCGCCAUGUUGCCAGCACUAAGUGAUGGCGCGGAGCGAGGGGAGCUCUCGCGAGGCGACGCCGCGGGCGCCAUGUUUGUCCGGCGCUCCCCCUAAUCUCGCGAGAGCUCCGCGGGGCAGGGGGCAGCGGCGCAGCCAUGGCGGCUGAGCGGGGCCGGGGGCGGCGGCGGCGGAGGGCGGCGGAGGCGGACGGGGACGGGCGCUGCUGAGGAGGCGGAGGCGGAGGCGGAGGCGGAGGGCCGCGCCGGGUCUCGCCCCCGCCGGGCGCCAUGAGCCAGGGCGGCGGGGCGGGCAGCGAGAGCGGGGAGCCUGAGGCCAAGGUGCUGCACACCAAGCGGCUGUACCGCACAUCCACAGCCGCAGCGCUCUGGAGUGCGCCUACCGCACUCACCUGGUGGCUGGCAUCGGCUUCUACCAGCACCUGCUGCUCUACAUCCAGUCCCACUACCAGCUGGAGCUGCAGUGCUGCAUCGACUGGACGCACGUCACGGACCCGCUCAUAGGCUGCAAGAAGCCCGUGUCUGCGUCGGAGAAGGAGAUGGAGUGGGCGCAGAUGGCGUGCCACCGCUGCCUGGUUUAUCUCGGCGAUCUCGCGCGCUACCAGAACGAGCUGGCCGGCGUGGACACGGAGCUGCUGGCGGAGCGCUUCUACUACCAGGCCCUUUCUGUCGCGCCGCAGAUCGGCAUGCCCUUCAAUCAGCUGGGGACGCUGGCUGGGAGCAAGUACUACAACGUGGAGGCCACGUACUGCUACUUACGCUGCAUCCAGUCCGAAGUGUCCUUCGAAGGCGCCUCCGGGAACCUGAAGCGGCUGUACGACAAAGCAGCCAAGAUGUACCACCAGCUGAAGAAGUGCGAAAGCAGGAAGCUGUCUCCCAGCAAGAAGCGCUGCAAAGACAUUAAGAGGCUGCUGGUGAGCUUCAUGUACCUGCAGAGCCUUCUGCAGCCAAAGAGCAGCUCUCUGGAUUCGGAGCUGACGUCGCUGUGCCAGUCGGUGCUGGAGGAUUUCAACCUGUGCUUGUUCUACCUGCCCUCCCCUCCCAACCUGAGCACAGCGAGCGAGGACGAGGAGGAGUAUGAGAGCGGCUACUCCUUCCUUCCCGACCUGCUCAUCUUCCGCAUGGUGAUCAUCUGCUUCAUGAGCGUCCACAGCCUCAAGCGGGCAGGUUCCAAGCAGUACAGCGCAGCCAUCGCCUUCACGCUGGCCCUCUUCUCUCACCUGAUCAACCACGUCAACAUCCGCCUGCAGGCGGAGCUGGAGGAAGGGGAGAACCCGGUCCCGGCUUUCCGCAGCGACGGCGCAGACGAGCCCGAGCCCCGGGAGCCCCUCGGCUCGGCGGAGAAGGAAGCCGAAGCGGAGCUGGCCAACCACCACCCCCGGGAGGAAGAACGCAAGCACGACUGCAAGAAAAGCAAGAAAUACUCGCGGCUUUCCUGCCUGCGCCGCCGCCGGCACCCGCAGAAAGCGGAUGAGAGCGACCUGAGCGAGGGCUUCGACUCCGACUCCAGCCAGGGCUCCACGAAGGGCAGCGACGGCUCCGAGAGCGGCUCCGAGAAGAGCGACGAGGAAGCGGAGGCCGCCUUCGACGUGGAGACCGACUCCGACAUGAACAGCCAGGAGUCGCGCUCCGACCUGGAGGACAUGGAGGACGAGCCGGGCGAGGAGGGCGGCGAGCGAGGCCGGAGCGGGGCCGGGGAGGCCUUAAAAAACGGCGUGGAUGGCGGCGGGCCGGGGGACUGCAAGAACCCGAGCGGCUCGAAAACGGAGAGCGCGGACCCGGCCGCCAACGGACCCGUGUCCCUGAGCGCCAGCGACGCCAGCAUCGCCAGCAACCUGCAGGCCAUGUCCACGCAGCUCUUCCAGACCAAGCGCUGCUUCCGCUUGGCCCCCACCUUCAGCAACAUCCUCCUGAAGCCCGGCCCCGAGCCGCCCGCCUUGAAGGGCAGCCUGGACGGCAAGCCCUGCGUCAACGGCGACCUGGAGAAGCCCGGCUUGGCGGAGCAAGACGACGUGUCCGACUCCGAGGAGAGCGUCUCGAGCACCAAGUCGUGCAGGAACGAGCGGUCCCUGCAGGAGAAGCUGGAGAUCGUGAGCAACGAGGGGCUGCUGCUCACCGUCAAGGUGUUCCUGGACUGGCUGAGGACGAACACGGAUUUCAUCAUCAUGUGCGCCCAGAGCUCCCAGAGCCUGUGGAACCGGCUGUCCGUGCUCCUGAACCUGCUGCCUUCCGCUGCCGACCUGCAGGACUCGGGGCUGGAGCUGUGUCCGGAGGUGCAGGAGGUGCUGAGCGGCGCGGAGCUGCCGGACCUGCGCUCCCAGCUGCUGCUCCCGGAGGACGUGGCCCUGCGCAACCUGCCCCCCCUGAAGAACGCGCACCGGAGGCUGAACUUCGAGCAGGACCGCCCCAUGUUCUCGGCCGUGGAGGAGUCCGUCGUUCGGAUCUGCUGCAUCCGGAGCUUCGGUCACUUCGUCACGCGCCUGCAGGGCAGCAUCCUGCAGUUCAACCCGGAGCUGGGGAUCUUCAUCAGCAUCGCGCAGUCGGAGCGGGACAGCGUGGUGCAGCAGGCCCAGGCCCAGUUCCACAUGGCUGCGGAGGAGGCUCGUCGGAACCGGCUGAUGAGGGACAUGGCUCAGCUCCGCCUGCAGCUGGAGGUGUCUCAGCUGGAGGGCAGCCUGCAGCAGCCCAAAGCGCAGUCGGCCAUGUCCCCGUACCUCGUGCUGGACGCGCGGGCGCUCUGCCAGCACCUGCCCGUGGUCAAGCAGCUGGCGGCCAGCGGGAGGUUCAUCAUCAUCAUCCCGCGGGCAGUGAUCGACGGCUUGGACUUCCUCAAAAAGGAGAACGCCGGCGCCCGGGACAGCAUCCGCUACCUGGAGGCGGAAUUUAAGAAGGGAAACCGGUACAUCCGUUGCCAGAGAGACGUCGGGAAGAGCUUUGAGAGGCACAAAUUGAAGAGACAAGACUUGGACGCGUGGAACCUCUACAAGAUCCUGGACAGCUGCAAGCAGCUGACGGUGUCCCAGGGGAGCGGGGACGACGACACCACGGGGAUGGUCACCAUCAUCACGGGCUUCCAGCUGGAGGACCCCGGCGCGCUCUCGGUGCCCAUGCAGGUCGGUCGCGCCGUCCCGGCGGCGCCGAGCACCCGUGCUUCCCGGUGGGGUUGCAGGCUGCAUGGCUGGCACGGGGAGGGGGGUUGGGUGCUUUCUGCAGGCACAGUGCUGGGAGCACCGCGCUCAGUUUGGAGCUGGGAGCCCCUGUGCACGGGUGGGAGCCCCACUGGUGCAACUGGGAGCCCCUAUGCCAUGGGUGGAACCCCACUGGUGCAACUGGGAGCCCCUAUGUCAUGGGUGGGAGCCCCACUGGUGCAGCUGGGAACCCCUAUGCCAUGGGUGGGAGCCCCACUGGUGCAACUGGGAGCACGUUGGCCAUGGGUGGGAGCCCCACUGGUGCAACUGGGAGCCCCUUGGCUGCAACUGGGAGCCCCA